AGUUGGAGUUGCACGGAUGGUCAGCUGCAGAUUGUGGUUCGUCACCUAAGACAGGAGAGAAUUAGAGUGUGUGUUACUGCCGGUUUUAAUUAAGUUCUUGGGAGGUAUAACAGAAAGUUUGCUGUGAAAUUGCUGUUAAGUUUGAUAAUUACGGAAAUGGGUACUACCUAGCGAAGGAUGUCAUUCACCAGUGAAAGUUUUGUGAUCUACAUGGCGAGUUCUAUCAAAGGCGCCUAAGGAGCACUGGGUGUGACGGAGUUCACCAUCAGACUGUUCAGCUUUGAAGACCCAGGACAGCACAUUCAGCAUGCAUCGGGAGAGUGAUCGCCAACCAGCUCGUUUAUCAUUGAAGCGGAAGAGAACAGUGUCCGACAAUGCGGAUACUGAGAACAACCCAUCUGCACAGGAAUCAGGAGCUCAGCAAUCUGCGAAUCAGAGUUGGAUAUUGGCAAAUGAAGUAGUUCCGGAAACUGACACGUGCUCAUCUGGCCCAUUGAGUGACAGUAUAUUCAGCAGUGAACUUGAAUCAGACAUAGAUUGUCCUCGAGAACAUACAACACCCAUGUCUGUGCCUUCUUCUUGGAGCCAAUUUCGAGAAAUGGUGUGCCCCCUAACUCCUUUCUCUGAUCGCUUGUCUCCACUUCCUACACUGAAAUGGGCCAAUGCACAAGAGGUCUGGGAAAUCAUGUGCCACAAAGAUGAGAUUUUCUCCCAGGAACGCGAUGAAAAUUUGUUUUCCAAACAUCCUGGCCUCCAACCACGCAUGAGGGCUAUUCUUCUAGAUUGGCUUAUAGAAGUGUGUGAAGUAUACAAGAUGCACAGAGAAACUUACCAUUUGACGAUGGACUUCAUUGACCGGUAUUUGUCCCACAAGCGAGAUAUACCAAAACAACAUCUUCAGCUCAUAGGUAUUACAUGUCUCUUUAUAGCUGCCAAAGUUGAAGAAAUAUAUCCUCCCAAAAUAGCAGAAUUUGCUUUUGUAACUGAUGGUGCCUGUUCGGAGAAUGAAAUUCUUGACAUGGAGCUAGUCAUACUGAAGACAUUAAAUUGGAACCUGUCUCCCGUGACAGUGAACUGUUGGCUUAGCAUGUACAUGCAGCUUUGUUGUGAUGGUCGGAAGAGGGCACGACGAGCUGAAUGUUUGGGCCAGCCUGAUCCUAGCUUUAUAUUCCCUCAGUAUUCUGGGUUGGCAUUUGUUCAGACUGCUCAGUUGGUAGACCUGUGCAUGCUUGAUGAAGGAAGCUUGAAAUUUGCUUACAGUAUAUUGGCAGCUACUGCUCUAUAUCACAUGUUCAGUCGGGAACUCUCGCUUUUUGUAUCAGGCCUGCAGUGGAGGGAUAUAGCGAAUUGUGUCAAGUGGAUGGCUGCAUUUGUGUAUGUUAUUCGAGAGGAGGGUCAGACUCAAGUGACAGCUGCUGUUAGGCAAGGCACAGCUACCAGUGAUGCCAAUACUGGUUCUGGAUUGUUAAAAUCUAUGCCUCAUGUUGUUGUGGAUGACUCGCAUAACAUUCAGACUCACACAGUGGAUCUCCAAAUGCUGGACAAGGCAAAAACACGUGAAAGUCAGAUAGCAUCUAUAGAAGAGAGUCCAUCAGCGGCAGCAGCAGCACCAGGGCUUCUUACGCCACCACCUUCCAGUAGGAAGAGCAUAUCAGAUCACAAAGUCACAUUAGCAGGAAGUCUUUCUUAGGAAAAUACAUUCCAUUAUAAAAUUGCACAUCAUAAAUACAAUGAAGACCAUAUCAAUACUGAAAGUGCAAGGUGUUGGGACUUAGGACAUUUCAUUUUGCAUGUAUUGUCAGCUAUAGCUCUAAUGUAGUGUAGCUAUUAACAUCAUAGCUAGUGUAUAUAUGUAUGAGUGUACAGUCAGAAACAAAUGCUCAUGGGUAUCUGUAUUUCCAUCUGACAUGGGGACUUGUUUAGCCCUUGAAGCAACUAAAAGAUACAAGAUUAAGUAGUAAGUUCGGUGUUUGGGAUUAAAAAAAUAAAAGUGCCAAUUUUAUAAUCCUACUUGCAAGUAAAUAUAUGUUUGUCAAAACAAAUUUUAUUCAAAAUAAAAAGUAUAAAUAUUUAAUGAUGUAGGUGUAAGAAACUAAUCAUUUUUUUCAACUUAAAAGUUUACAUUGUGUUGUCAGUACUUUUUUUUUUAUCAGAAAUGUUGUAUAUGAGGGGUUUGUACAUUAUAAGCAUAUUGUAUUGCCAUUGAGUAGUGACUGGUUCACAGAAAUGUGCCCAUACCACAAGUGAAUAGAACAGUGGCUAUCAAUGCCAGAGAAGCGCUUUUUAAUUCUAGUCUCUUGUCCUCAGCCAUAGUACUUUCACACGCUUAAAUUGAUGGGUAAAUAAUGUUUCAUUUUUCAAAUCAGAGCUGGAUUUAAAAGUUAUAUAGAUAUUUUUCCUAUUAAUUUUGGCUUGAAAGAGGUUGGAACUUGUGGGUGGGUAUGUACUGUUAUUGCAAAUGUACUGCAGGAAGUUUUACAGACUAGCUCACGUAGCUGGGAACAGUAUUGCCAUUUCCAUUAAUAAACACACAUUGUCACGUGUUGGGUGUGUCAUGCGACAAAUAAAUUCACGUGGGUCUCGGAUUGAGCGAAUCUUUAUUGGACACUCACACUUAUACACCAUACAAGUAUUAUCGCUUGUGGUAUAACGUGGCUUCUGCGACGUCUCGACUGGGUUCCAACUGUCUUGUAGGAAGGCUAGGUUCCAACUGUGUCCUAUGAAGGCUAAUUAGCUCUGUCACUCUCGGCUUAUGUAGGUGUUCUCGGACCGGAUACGAGACACCAUUCGCCAAGGUUUGAUCUCAUUUGUUUGGCAAUCCGUUGCUUCAGGAACGAUCUCUAUAGAUUACGGCCGUAACGUGUUUCGUCUCAUCUGUUGGUACUCAACGGCCUUUUGUUGUUCAUCUCCGCGGAAACACGUUUGUUGUUUUGGCAUUGUCUACGCAGCGGCCCACUGUUAUUGCAAUGCCAUGGAAGUAUCUACUCCAAUCACGUUACAUAAUUCUCAUAGAUCUAGGGAAAUAACAAGGAGACAUGGUAAGUUAUUAGUUUGUGGUAGAAACGUUUGAAUAGUAACAUGUUAGAGUUUUAAGUCCUUGAGUUGCAUAUUAAAGCCUUUCAUUCAGUUUUAUAUAAAAAUACAAGACUGAAAGAGAUUGCAUAUAACAUUCAUGUAUUAAAGAUAGUAUAUUAGAUAUAAUGAAACGUCAAACAGUCGCAAAGAUUCAUAGUGCUGAGACAAUCGCAGGUGUGUUAACAUUUGGUUGGUACAUAAAUUUACCCAUAUAAGCAUAUUCCUUAUUCAGAUCAAUGCCGUUCUGUUGCUUAUUUGGUAUGAUCUGAUUAUAUCUAAUUGUAUCGUAGGAUUUUAUGGGUUUAUAGAAUUUGAGUGUUUGAAGGUUUUCUUAAAAGCAGAGUGAGGUAGACAGCAUAUUUCUCUUCUAGAGUUAUUUGUCAAAUUCAUAUUUUUAUCUGCAUUGUGUAGUGCUGCUGUGUUAGAAUGAGAAUGGUGGUCCUUAUAGUGAGUGGCAAAGAGAAAAUUAACUAUUGCAAGAUGGUAUAAAAUGAAUAGACACUAUUCUCCCUUGGGACACUUGUGCAAUAUAUUGUAACAGUUACUGGUGUUUGGAGCAAUUACUUAUUCCACAAUCCAUAACCCCUUAUGCUACUGAGACCAGCUCUGUUUGCUCCCUGCUUCAGAGUAACAUCAUUGCUUAUUCACUGCACUCAAUUCUCCUGACUUUUCUGCAGUGUAGUAAACUGAACUAAACACUGAUUGACUUUUGUAGGUGUGUAACCUGUAGGGGAGAUACUCGCAUGUUCACAGGCAACCUGGUUCUUGUCAUCGAAGUGGUUUCCUGAACAUUCCACACAUUAGACAUGUACAG